UUUGGACCAAUCAGGACGCAGCGCUGCUUUCCUGCAGCAGGAGACUCAGAAGUUCAACCUGGACCUUCACGGAGAAACUAUCUGCUACAAAUUCACACUGACCAUGUCCGUCCACCUCCGCUGACAUAUCCGCUAGAAAACUCACUGUCACUGCGGGAAACUUUUCCGAGUGAUGACAAUGUUGGGUAUGUACGUGCCAGACAGAUUUUCUCUGAAAUCGUCCAAGGUCCAGGAUGGAAUCGGUCUUUACACGGCGAGGCGAGUGAAAAAGGGAGAAAAGUUUGGUCCCUUUGCUGGUGAGAAGAAGCUGCCCAGUGAGCUGGAUGAAGGCUCGGACACCAGGCUGAUGUGGGAGGUCCGUGGCAGUAAAGGAGAUGUGCUGUAUAUUCUGGAUGCGAGUAAUCCUCGCCAUGCCAACUGGCUGCGGUUUGUCCAUCAGGCGCCUUCGCAAGAGCAGAAGAACUUGGCAGCCAUUCAGGAUGGAGAAAACAUCUUCUACCUGGCUGUGGACGACAUAGAGACAGACACGGAGCUCCUGAUAGGCUACCUGGACAGUGAUAUGGAAGAGGAGGAGGAAGAAGAGGAAGAAGACAUUAAAGAUGAUGACGAGAACAGCAAAGAGGCCAAACACCUUGUUGAAAUGGAACUAGUAAUAAAGAAAGAGGACCACCCCUGCUUGCUGUGUGAGAGCAGUUUUCCCAGCGAGGAAAUCCUGGCCGCCCACCUCCAGAGCCUGCAUCAGAGGCCCAGCACGGAGGAGAAGGAGUUUAAAUGCAGGAACUGUGGCAAGAAGUUCCCCAUCAAACAGGCCCUGCAGCGCCAUGUUUUGCAUUGUUCUGAGUCACUGGAUCCAUCGGGUGACUCUAAAGCUCACCAGUGCUCCCUCUGCCACAACACCUUCAGCUCAGAAUCCAGUUUUGAGCAGCACAAGGAAGCCUGUAAAGGAGAUGCCAGGUUCAUAUGUAAAGCAGAAAGCUGUGGCAAAAGAUUCAAGAGCAAGGACGCUCUGAAGAAGCACAAAGGAAACGUUCAUGCAGGGAGUGCACGACGGAAACUCACAUGCACCAUAUGCAACAGAAAAUGCUCCUCGUCUUUGAAUCUACAAGAACACAGAAAGAUACAUGAAAUAUUUGAAUGCCACGCCUGCGACAAAAAGUUCAUCUCUACCAAUCAGCUAAAACGCCACAUGAUCACACACUCGGAGAAGCGGCCGUACACCUGCGAGAUCUGCAGUCGAUCAUUCAAGCGUUUGGAUCAGGUGACGGCUCACAAGAUCAUCCACAGCGAGGACAAACCAUACAAAUGUAAGCUGUGUGGGAAGGAGUUCGCUCACCGCAACGUCUACAAGAAUCACAAGAAGACGCACUCUGAGGAAAGGCCCUUCCAGUGUGAGGAGUGCAAAGCGCUGUUCCGAACCCCCUUCUCUCUACAGCGUCACCUUCUCAUCCACAAUAGUGAGAGGACAUUCAAGUGCGACCAGUGUGACGCUACCUUCAAGAGGAAGGACACGCUCAACGUGCACAUCCAGGUGGUGCACGACGGCCACAAGAAGUACAAGUGUGACCUGUGUGAGAAGGCCUUCGUCACUCCGUCUGUCCUCAAGAGCCACAAGAAGACACACACAGGGGAGAAGGAGAAGAUCUGCCCAUACUGUGGACAAAAGUUUGCCAGCAACGGCACGCUAAGGGUCCACAUCCGCAGCCACACAGGUGAGCGUCCAUACCAGUGCCCCUACUGUGACAAAGCGUUCAGCAAGAACGAUGGCCUGAAGAUGCACAUCCGCACACACACUCGGGAGAAACCGUACAAAUGCAGCGAGUGCAACAAGGCCUUCAGCCAGAAAAGAGGACUGGACGAACACAUGAGGACCCACACAGGAGAGAAACCUUUCCAAUGUGAUGUGUGUGACUUGUCAUUCAGCUUGAAGAAGAUGCUCAGCAGACACAAGUUGACACACAACCCCAACCGGCCCAUGGCAGAGUGCCAGCUGUGCCAUAAGAAGUUCACCAGGAACGACUACCUCAAAGUGCAUAUGGAGAAUGUCCACGGGGAAACCGAGAGCUAGAGCCAAUUAUGGAAGCACUGGCUGAAAAUGAGAUCUGAUUCCUCAGAUAAAGUCCGUGCUUCAUGCUGCCAGUAUACGUCCAUACUGUACACACAGAUGGAUAGAUAGCAGAGAUGUUGCUAUUAACAAUACAUGCAUGUUGAAUAUGGAAAACAUUAAGGCGAGUACGUUAAAACUGAAACAUAGGCUGUACAUUUGUAUUUUUUUUUCUUGUUACUUUUUUGGUCAUACUGUUUCCAUAUUGUUCUGGAUAUUGGAAUAGAGUCCCAGAUAUGUUUGAUCUGCCUCUGGAGCCACGGUGUCUGCUCACAGAGAUGUCCGACAUUUCACUUCCAGCCAUCUAACCAGUGUUACUGUACAGACUGUUACAAACAUCCAAACUGUGGUCUGAGUAUCUUACUGUACAUUUGAGGCCAGUUACCAAGUGUUGAAGAAAACCUACAACCAAAGACCUUUUAGCGCACUUUUUUUGUUUUUGUUUUUAGAUUUACGUGCACACUUUGUCCAUGUUUACACCUGUCUGUUAAAUAUUACACCUGUUCUUUGGGAGUCAUAGCAUGUUUAGGUGAAUUACAGUGAGGGAAAUAAGUGAAAUAAUAUAGGGAAAUAUUAUAGUGAGGGAAAUAAUAUAAGAAUAUUUGAUUCCCUGCACAUUUCGUGAUUUUGGCCAUGUACAAAAAGACCCAAAUAACAAGGAGCCUGUAUUUUAGUAAUAAUAGUAAGCAGUAAUAAUAAUAAUAAUAAUAAUAAUUAAUAAUACAUUUAUUUAUAAAACACUUUCAGUCAAAGUGCUUUACAUAGACAUAAAAACAUUAGAAAUCCACAAACAUAUUCAAAUAUUCUCAAACAAUAAAAAGGACAUCAGUAAAACAAGCAAUUAAAGAUUCAUAUGUAACAGCAAACAGUUUUGUUUUAAAUACAUCUAUGGAAGAUGCCUGCCUGAUUUCAACAGGUAGACUGUUCCACAAUGUUGGUGCACGGAAAAAAAAAAAUCUGUUCCCCAAAUGUCUUUCUGCGGACUAUUGCAACAUUCAGAAGCCCAGUUUCCUGGGAACGUAAAACACAAGCGGGGACAUACGGGUUCACCAAAUUUGACAGUAUGAUGGGGCAAUUCCAUUUCCAAUUUUCUAUGUUAGCAGCAGCACCUUAAAGUCUGCUCUAACUUGAACAGGUAUCCAGUGUAGAGAGGCCACCACUGGAGUGAUGUGCUCAUGUCCACUCGCUCUGGUCAGAACACGAGCUGCUGUGUUCUGGACCAUCUGCAGACCACACAGGCUCUUCUUUGGCAGACCUGAUAGAAGGACAUUACAGUAGUCUAACCGCGAAACAACAAAAGCACGAUGUAGGACCUUAGCAUCCUAAAACGACAGAAUUGGUCUAAUUUUGGCAAUGUUUCUGAGGUGAAAAAAGGCCACGCUGGUUGCUUCUUUAACAUGGACCUUGAAUGAAAGAGUUUGAUCAGAGAGCACACCAAGAUUCUUGAUGCUGUCUUUACAUUGAAUAACACAGUCACCCAAAGACAGGGUAAAACUGUCAAACAGUAGCCGAGCCGCGCUAGACCCAUGUUUCUGAAGACGCAAGGGUCUAGGCACGCUCGACAGGGAGGGAGGCGGGCUAAAAGGUUGUCUAUCAAAUCCCUCUGCAGCAAUUGGGUUGGUAUACAACCAAUCAACGCAACGAAUAGGCUGACGUUGUUCCUAGAGCACCGGCGGAUUGUGGCUAAGUUCCAUUAGCUUUCUAACCAGCGGAGCCGCGGAGCCAACUGGUAUAUUAAGGAUUUGCCAUAUCCCGUCGGCAUAAGUCCAAAUACGUCUUUCUUCUCAAUGAAACACUUCAGUGCCGUCCUUAGUUUAUCUUUCAAGUUGAAUUUUCGCUUCAAAUCUUUAAGGGCUGUGGCCAAAGUCGAGUUGAAAGAUAACUGUUUAUUGUGCGUCGGUUGUUUCUGUCAGAAUCGUUACGCCCGCCUUCUGACUCUAUACUUCAUGGUGAUUGGUCCGGCCAGUUUUAGGAGCAUCCAGCCUCGAGCCUUAUGGAGGGUAACUAGACCCACCCUGGCAGAGAAUUAAAUUCUUGCCGUGGGUUGUCUAGCGCGGCUAGGCUAGUCAAGCAGGGGAUUAAGUCUCCCAAUAACCAUCACUUCUGUCUUAGCAGAGUUCAGAAACAGGAAAUUUGUUGAUAUCCAGCUCCUAACAGCUGAGAGACAGGCCUGAAAUUUAUUAGUGUCAGAUCCACUUUGAAGAACUAAUGGCAUGUAUAACUGUUGAUCAUCUGCAUAAUAAUGAAAAGUGAUCCCAAAGGAACGCAAAACUUGACCCAAAGGUGUGAGAUAGAGAGAAAACAACAGUGGACCCAGUAUAGACCCCUGCGGUACCCAUGCCUAACAGCACAGGACUCAGAGAACAUGUUAAAGAAAAUACUUUGAGAUCUCUCUGACAGGUACGACCUCAACCACUGGAGCACCUAGCCUGAGAUGCCAAAAUAAUUCUCAAGUCUGUCCAGUGAAGUACUGUAGGGGGGCAGAUUGUCGACAAAAAAUCCAGAAAAAUACAUUAUCCAAAAGUUAUAAAUUAGUACUUGGUGGAGUAACCCCUAGUUAGCAAACAGACGUUUCCUGUAGUUGAUCACCCGGUUAACACACAUCUCAAGAGGUAUUUUAAACCACUUCUCUUCCAAGAUUCUCUCCAGAUCCUUAUUCAUCGUUCCCUCAAUGCAGUGCACUCAUCCCCUUCUCUUGGCAGAGAAACAACCCCAAAGCAUAAUGCUUCUACCUCCGUGCUUGACUGUGGGGAUGGUGUUGUUGGGGUUACAGUCAGUAUUCUGCUCUUUCCAAGUUGAAUUGAUGCCAAAGAGCAGAAUUUUGGUUUCGUUUGACCAAAUCUCAUUCUCGAAAUUAAUUUAUACUGUUAGAUAAUGGGAUUCUCUGGAUUUUUGGUUGAUAUUAUGUCUCUCACACAGUUAAAAUAAACCCAUUAGAGGCUGCUCCUUUCUUUGUACGAUGCCAAAAUCAUGAAAUACUUAAGAGGAUCAAAUACUUCAUACUUAUCUAAGAGCAGACUAUACAUGUAGUACAGCAUUGCUGAACAGGAGAUGGAGAACUGGAGCUCUGAAAACAGUUAUGAAACCUACUACAAAGUUUGAAACUGCUCACAAAUAUAAGUUUACAUGAUCACCACAGAGUAUAAACAUACUGUCUUUAGUCUUAGUCUGGUUUAAAUAGACUUAGAUUUUACAUAUUUUGUUCUGUUUUUAGGUAAUAUUUGUGGGAUAACUGUUGGAUGUCCAUCAUUAGCUCAAGAUGAAUGGAUUCAGCUAUUCCUUUCCCAUGACCUGUUGUAUGAAAUCCAGUGGUUCUUAAAUCACGUUACUGUUCUGUGCCACACAUUUGUGGACAAAUGUGUCCCAACCCGGGAACAAAAAGAAAAUCCAAAGUACUGUUUCUGUUGACUUUUGUAAUGAAUCGUUAUGUUUUCAUAUGAAAGCCCCGAGGCUGUUGUGCCUUACAGUAUGUGAGUACCUUGUUCCUUAUUAAUCAUAGUUCAAUACAGAGUUUCAAUAGAA